AUGCCUGCGCCGUCCGCUGUGAAAACCGACUCUCAGCCAGUUUUAAAUGUUGAAGGCUACAACCACUUAGAACGCCACACGACAAAGGAAAACAUCGACACCCUGAACCGAAUACGGUUCCACGCAAAGCCACGCGACGGCCAUCGACACUUGGACAUCGGGUGCGGGCCGGGGACCUUCACGACAGACUACCUCGUUCCCUUGUCUUCGCCGUGCAAAACGAUUCUGGCCAUCGACAAAUCACCUUCGAUGAUCGACUUCGCGAAGAGAAACUCCGCGCACGAGAACGUAGAGUACCGUGUGUUCGACUUCGGCGGCACUGACGUCGCGGAGCUGCUGAACGCGUACGGCCACUUUGAUCGUGUCUAUUCGCUCCUGUGCUUCCACUUCGUCAAAGAUCAGCCUAAAGCCUUCAGGGAUAUUGCGCGACUGCUGACACCGAAAUCCGGAGAGUGCCUCGUGAUGUCCGCGCUUGCCACUGAGCCAGUGGAUGCUUGGCUCCAAAUGCACCUGAUGGAACGCUGGAGAGAUGUGACUCCCGCUGCCAACAUUCGCAGUCAAUUUCGCCUCGGCUGCUGCUACUUCACCAUAGGGCCCGUCAACUUGAGAAUGGCUGCUCUAAAUUGA